UGGGAAUCCCAAUUUCAUGAUCGCAUGCAGAGCUUUGUGGGGGGGCAUCGGAGGGGAGAACCAAGGGGGGAGACAAAAUGAAAUACCAGAAAUACCUGACUGUGCUGCAGAUGGCGAUCGGAGUGACUCCUUCAAACAGGGGGAACAUUCUACCUUAUAAGAGGAGGCUGUGGGUUACCCCAUCAUCGGAGAACCCCAAUGCAGCCGCUUCCAGUACUAGCCAAGGAAAGCCAUCUCUACGGAGAAUAAAAGGACGGAUCCACAGAAGCAAAAGCCUGGAUAGUGUGGAUCUCUGCGAGUUCAAUGAUAUGCUGCAUUGUGAAUCCGCAGACAUGAUGGGAGACUUCCAAGCUCAGCAGAAUACUGUAAUGGAAGAGACUGCAAUAUGGGAGCAGCAGACAGUGACUCUCCACAGGGCCCCAGGAUUUGGAUUUGGGAUCGCAAUAUCAGGAGGUAGAGAUAACCCUCAUUUCCAGAGUGGAGAAACGUCAAUAGUCAUCUCUGAUGUUCUCAAGGGAGGCCCUGCUGAAGGCCUGCUGCAGGAAAAUGACCGUGUUGCAAUGGUCAAUGGAGUGUCAAUGGAUAAUGUGGAGCACGCGUUUGCUGUUCAACAGUUGAGAAAGAGUGGUAAAAAUGCCAAAAUUACUAUACGACGGAAGAAAAAAGUCCAGCUCCCUGUGGUUCGUCCUGACCCAGAGCCAGCAUCUGAAAAUGAGGAGGACAGUUAUGAGGAUGAGGUGCCUGACCAGAGAAGUGCCCAUAGCGGCCCUGGUGCCAGCAGGAGGAGUGAGAAGAGCUGGGUAAGGGACAGAAGUGCCAGCAGAGAAAGAAGUUUGUCGCCUAGAUCAGACAGAAGAUCUGUCGCUUCCAGUCAACCUCCAAAACCUUCCAAAGUGACCUUGGUGAAAUCUAGAAAAAAUGAAGAAUAUGGUUUAAGAUUAGCCAGCCAUAUUUUUGUAAAGGAAAUCUCUCAAGAUAGUCUGGCAGCGAGAGAUGGAAAUAUUCAGGAAGGCGACGUUGUGCUGAAGAUUAAUGGCACAGUCACCGAAAACAUGUCUUUGUCCGAUGCAAAAACAUUGAUAGAAAGGUCAAAGGGCAAAUUAAAAAUGGUAGUUCAAAGAGAUGAGCGAGCAACUCUACUGAAUGUCCCAGAUCUAGAUGACAGCCUUCAUUCUGCAAACGCUUCAGAGAGAGACGACAUUUCAGAAAUUCAGUCGCUGACAUCAGAUCAUUCCAACCGUUCACAUGACCGGCCCCGCCGCAGCCGUUCACGGUCUCCUGACCAGAGAUCGGAGCCUUCAGACCAUUCCAGACAUUCUCCACAACAGCACAGUAACAGCAGCACGCGGAGUAGAGAGGAAGAUCGAGUAUCAAAGCCUGGAGUAUCUACACCAGUGAAAAAUACAAACAGCGCAACCCUAUCCAAAGCAACAGAGGAUCUGGAAAGAGCAGAAAAGCAGACACCUCCUUUACCAGAGCCAAAACCUGUGUAUGCCCAGUCAGGACAGCCAGAUGUAGACCUACCUGUCAGUCCAUCUGAUGGACCUUUUCCCAACUCCACACAUGAAGAUGGCAUGCUACGGCCCAGCAUGAAACUUGUGAAGUUUAGGAAAGGAGACAGUGUGGGGCUACGUCUUGCUGGAGGAAAUGAUGUGGGUAUUUUUGUUGCGGGUGUGUUGGAGGACAGCCCUGCAGCUAAAGAAGGACUGGAAGAAGGCGAUCAGAUUCUUAGAGUAAACAAUGUGGACUUCACGAACAUUAUCCGCGAGGAAGCUGUCCUUUUCCUGCUUGACCUACCAAAAGGAGAAGAAGUCACAAUUCUGGCGCAAAAGAAGAAAGAUGUUUAUCGUCGCAUUGUCGAGUCAGAUGUUGGGGAUUCCUUCUAUAUCCGAACACAUUUUGAGUAUGAAAAAGAAUCUCCUUAUGGACUGAGUUUUAACAAAGGAGAGGUAUUCCGAGUGGUGGAUACUCUGUACAACGGGAAAUUAGGAUCAUGGCUGGCUAUUAGAAUUGGGAGGAACCAUAAGGAAGUAGAAAGGGGGAUUAUUCCAAAUAAGAACAGAGCUGAGCAGCUUGCAAGUGUGCAGUACACUCUUCCCAAAACUGCUGGUGGUGAUCGUGCUGAUUUUUGGCGUUUUCGAGGCCUCCGAACUUCUAAGCGAAAUCUCAGGAAAAGCCGAGAAGAUCUCUCUGCCCAGCCUGUCCAAACAAAGUUUCCUGCAUACGAAAGAGUCGUUUUGCGAGAAGCUGGAUUCCUCAGGCCUGUUGUUAUCUUUGGUCCCAUCGCUGAUGUUGCACGAGAGAAGGUGGCAAGAGAAGAGCCUGAUAUUUAUGAGGUGGCAAGAAGUGAGCCGAGAGAUGCAGGUACCGACCAGCGCAGCUCUGGGAUCAUUCGUCUCCACACAAUCAAACAGAUUAUUGACAGGGAUAAACAUGCACUUCUGGAUGUUACUCCAAAUGCUGUAGAUCGCCUGAACUAUGCACAGUGGUAUCCAAUUGUAGUGUUCCUUAACCCUGACUCCAAGCAGGGUGUGAAAACUAUGCGAACGAGGUUGUGCCCAGAAUCUCGCAAAAGUGCCCGAAAACUUUAUGAACGUUCACAUAAACUACGCAAAAAUAAUCAUCACCUUUUUACAACAAACAUUAAUCUCAAUUCUAUGAAUGAUGGCUGGUAUGGAGCACUGAAGGAAGCUGUACAGCAACAACAGAACCAGCUGGUUUGGGUUUCGGAAGGCAAAGCAGAAGGUGGCACAGAUGAUGAUCUUGAUUUGCAUGACGACCGUCUAUCCUACUUAUCAGCUCCAGGUAGUGAGUACUCAAUGUAUAGUACUGAUAGCAGGCACACUUCAGACUAUGAAGAUACAGACACUGAAGGAGGGGCUUACACUGACCAAGACCUGGAUGAGACGCUCAAUGACGAGGCAGGGACUCCGCCAGAGUCUGCCAUUACUCGCUCUUCUGAACCUGUCCGGGAUGACAAUUCGGGAAUACAUCAGGAAAACCAAGCCUUCCCAUCUUACCCUCAGCAUCCACAGCCAAUCAUCAGAACUGAUUCUCCGGGAUUUAAAAAUGUUCCAUCUCAACAGAAAGCAGACGCCUUACCCGCCGCCCCUUACCUUUCUCUGCCGUCUGAAACAAACACUGCAACUUCAACCGCUGCUGUAAAUCCUAAUGUAAAUCUAAAUAAUGUCAGAUUGGAGGAUCCAAACCCUGCCCCAUACAGCUCUUACCAAGCACAAGCUGGCCCAAUGCGAUCACCAAACACUGAGGCAGCUCACAUAAUGCUAAGAGACCAAGAGCCUUCAUCUUUACCUGUGCACAUAGAACCAGCAAAGGUUUAUAGAAAAGAGCCAUAUCCCAUGGAAGAUAAUCCCAGGCACAACUACUUGAUGAAACAACAAGUGCUGAGCCAUCAGAGACCAGAGAAAGAAAGCAACCUGAACUUUGAUGCCCUUCCAUCCUAUGCAGAAAAACCAACAACUAGAGAGUAUGAUGCGUCUUACAGAUUUGAAUCUGCUUCAGAAUAUGUGGAUCCGUACCCUCAUGGUUAUGAUCCUCGAAUACAUAGUGAUGACCAUGUGCCUACUUACGAUGAUCAGUGGGGUUAUUAUGAUGAUAAGCAGCCGUAUUCUUCCAGGUCGCAGUUUGAGGGUAAGCAUAGGGACUUCAGUGUGAGGCAGCACUCAGAAGAAAGCCUUGAACGCAGCUACUUUCCACAACAGCCUCGUUUUGAAGAGCCUCUUCCUGUUGCCUAUGACAAUCGACCUCGACCAGCUAAAAACUUCAAAGCACCCCAGCUACAUUAUGAGGAGCCGCCUCCUGCAGAAUAUGAUAUGCAUAUGCGUUAUAAACCGGAGCCUCAAAGCUUUCCUUCUGUACCCACCCCUAGGGCUGCUGAAACUAAACCAUAUUUUGAUCAAAAUCCAAGAGGCUAUGAACAUAGUCCUUCCCAGGGAUUUAAUACAAAACAAGGGCAAUAUGAUCUUUCUCCUAGAGGAGAAACCAUGCCUCCUCCUUCAACUCAGAUGAAGUCUGACCUUCUGCCAACCAACAGUAAGCCUGUUCCUGCACCAGCCUCUGUGAGUGAAGAAGAUGACCCAGCCAUGAAACCACAGUCUGUUCUUACCAGAGUCAAAAUGUUUGAGAACAAAAGAUCAGUUCCAGGAGAAAAGAACAAGGACAUUAAUGAUGUAUCUGUUUUAAAGGCCCCAGAGGUUGCACCCAAACCUAUAACUGUUCCAGUUACUGCAUCUAAAGCUGCGCCACUGCCUCUUUAUGAUCAAGAAAAGUCUACUUACAGAGUACCUGAACCACAGAAACCUCAAGUAAAGCCACCAGAAGAUAUAGUCCGUGCUAACAAUUAUGAUCCUGAAGAAGACGAGGAAUAUUAUCGGAAGCAGCUGUCUUUCUUUGAUCGUAGAAACUUUGAAAAGCCCACUACUGCAAUUCCUGCAAACAUCCUCCCUGAACCUUCUAAACCUGGACAGUCUCAGAGCCAAGUUAGCUUUAACAGCUACCCCUCCAAAUUUCUUGGCUCUUACACUAGCUAUGACUACUUGAAAAGGAACAUCAAGUGGGGAAAGCCUGCAGAUUUGGACUCUCCUGACAGACCUAUAAGUGAAAAACGUUAUGAUCCAGUCCCUCAAGUCACCUCCAACUCCCAGUACAACCAGCCUUCUCCAGUGCUUGUAAAUCACGCAGGUCCUGCAAAACACCCACACACAGAAGUCAGCUCUGUUUCGGUGGAGCUCACAAAUUCCACAGUGACAAAACCAGAACCACCACCACCUCAAACCAAGCCAACUCUGUUCCGACCUUCUAACCGAGAGGACACAGUGCAGUCGAACUUCUUGCCUCAGAAAAGCUUUCCUGACAAAAAUCCUGUUAACGGCACUGAACCGACUGGAAAAACCUUCACACCGUCGUACAACCGAUUCACUCCUAAACCUUACACAAACUCCGCCAGACCUUUUGAGCGCAAGUUUGAAAGCCCCAAAUUCAACCAUAACCUUCUGUCAAAUGAAGCACAAGGAAAGCCAGAACUGCCCGCCAAGCCCCAGAAUUCUCCUCAACCCAUUCUAAAAUCCACCAAUGUGGUUAUUUCUCCAGAGAUGGAUGGCACAUCCAAGCCAACAGACAGCAAAUCUAAGUAUCAACCAAAUAAUGUUAAUGCAGUGCCUAAAGCAAUCCCAGUCAGUCCCUCGGCCUUGGAAGACGAUGAUGAGGAUGAUGCCCACACUGUUGUGGCAACUGCUCGAGGCGUCUUUAAUAGCAAUGGAGGUGUGCUGAGUUCCAUAGAGACGGGGGUCAGUAUCAUCAUACCUCAAGGAGCUAUCCCCGAUGGCGUUGAGCAGGAAAUCUACUUUAAGGUCUGCAGGGACAACAGCAUCUUGCCACCUCUAGAUAAGGAGAAAGGAGAAACACUGCUUAGUCCUUUGGUAAUGUGUGGACCCCAUGGAUUGAAAUUCUUGAAGCCAGUGGAGCUGCGCUUACCACACUGUGCGUCUAUGACUCCUGAUGGUUGGUCUUUUGCUCUAAAAUCAUCCGACACCUCGUCGGGUGACCCCAAACACUGGCAGAACAAAUCACUUCCUGGUGACCCUAACUAUCUUGUUGGAGCAAAUUGUGUCUCUGUAUUGAUAGAUCACUUUUAAGCCUACAGUGUAAAGAUCAGAAUAAUGUGAAACCUGCUUUGGACCUGUUUAUCUUUACACAUCCUAUUGAGUAUUAUUUGAUCGUUAAAUAACAAUGGGACUUGUUAGUGCUAUGAAUUUUGCCUGAACUUGCGUUUUACGGAGUAGACUUUAAAGCCAUGGUCAAAAUAUGGGCCUCAGACAUGACAUAUGAAGGUCAUACCAAUGUCGCACCUUCAGUGUCUCUCUUAACAAAUGCCUUUCAGUUGCUUUAGUUUGUCUCCAAAGGACCAAUCCUGAUAACACUAAAAUAAAUCCAGUUUCCCAGAAUGAUACUUUUAACGGUCGCCCGUUGUCACAGAAGGAUACUGCUUGUGUUUUUCUUUUUGAGUUUGAUAGCAAAGACUAGCACUUUUACUUUUUAUCGACUAGCAUCUGCACCAGAACUCCAAGAUGUGUUAGGUAUGAUGGAUCUACCAGUCAAUCAUUUUUGUUCAUAACUCUGCUGUGGAGAUAGCUAAAACUAUUGUCAGGUGUUCUCCAGCAGCAAAGGUUUGAAUGUUAAUACUUUAUUUAAAAUACUAAAUGCCAUGAUUGUGCUCAAUACCCAGCCCACCGCAUAGUUCAGUAAAAAUAUAAUUUAUUUUCUCCCCAAUGCUGAAUGGGGCCUGAACAUGAACUGUGGACCCAUUUGCAACUACAAGGUUUACAAGGUUGACUGUGGUUCUGGUGCUUCUAUGAAUCUGUAAAUUAACCAUUUACUACACACAUUUAACCAGCAGGGAUGCCUUACCCUCAUGUUAUAAUAGUCUUUGUUUCCUAGUUCUCUGUUCUAUGAAGUUCAUAUGGCUUUUUGCGCUUAUAUAGGGUAAUGUAUAAUGAAGAAAGAUUGCUGAAAAUAUGAUUUUAUUGUGAACUCAUUUUGCGGCCGCCUAGCAAGGAAGAAAUUACCUCUGCUGUCAACCCGGAAGAUACUGAAGGAAAUUGUAUGUUUUCUGCUAUGCAUUUAAAAGAAAUUCU